GACCCAGAGCCUUCAAUGGACCGGUGAGUGUGUCAUGUUAUGUCUUACACAGCAACAUCUUAAUAUCUCUUCAUUGUUUCCUUCAUGUCUGUCAUAGCAUACCUUCCCAUUGUCCGCUUUAAUCUAACAUCUUUACCACAUUCUCUUUGCUGCUGUGGUAAGGAAACCUAACGCAUGUUGUAGUUGGAGAUACCUAAGUUAUGGACUCUAUGAUAGUAAGGAAUCUAUUGGUAGUAAGAUAGGAAACCAAAUACGUGUGAUAUUGGGGGUACUAAAGGUAUAUCCAGGAGAAACUGUCAGGGUCAUAGCACAUACAGGUUAUCCAGGAGAAACUGUGAGGUCAUAGCACAUACAGGUUAUCCAGGAGAAACUGUGAGGUCAUAGUACAUACAGGUUAUCCAGGAGAAACUGUGAGGUCAUAGUACAUACAGGUUAUCCAGGAGAAACUGUCAGGGUCAUAGUACAUACAGGUUAUCCAGGAGAAACUGUGAGGUCAUAGUACAUACAGGUUAUCCAGGAGAAACUGUCAGGGUCAUAGUACAUACAGGUUAUCCAGGAGAAACUGUCAGGGUCAUAGUACAUACAGGUUAUCCAGGAGAAACUGUGAGGUCAUAGUACAUACAGGUUAUCCAGGAGAAACUGUCAGGGUCAUAGUACAUACAGGUUAUCCAGGAGAAACUGUCAGGGUCAUAGUACAUACAGGUUAUCCAGGAGAAACUGUCAGGGUCAUAGUACAUACAGGUUAUCCAGGAGAAACUGUCAGGGUCAUAGUACAUACAGGUUAUCCAGGAGAAACUGUCAGGGUCAUAGUACAUACAGGUUAUCCAGGAGAAACUGUCAGGGUCAUAGUACAUACAGGUUAUCCAGGAGAAACUGUGAGGUCAUAGCACUAGUCGUUAUCCACUAGUCUUACCUGUUCAGUACCUGGUGAAUGUGUAAUAUAGUAAUGGUGGUAAUAGGGGGACCCAUUUAAGAGAUUUAGGCCAAAGCAGCUGUAUUAGCUCUCUGUACUGGAUCUAAGGUUACCUCUGACUGUUAUGUUGAGCUCUGUAUUAAGCCUCUCUGGUACUACUUACAGACAUACCAGUAUAGCCUGUCCUGUGUUUUUCUGUCCCAUUCCAUUUCUCUGCUAUGUUCUAUUUGACCCAUAAUAACACAUCAUCUGAUAUACGGUUUUAUUUCCUACUCCAGGACCUUGGACAGUUCUGCCAACCAGAGACCCAAGUCACCAGACACUGAGUCCAAUAAGUGAGUGAAUCAUGAGAAGGAUGGGGGUAUAACUUUAGAAGUACAGUGAGUUAUAACCAUUAGCCUAGUAGUGAUGGUUACUAUUUGUGAUGGUUACAAUAAGUCUCUCUCAACCUUCUACCGCUCUUCUCUCUCUCUCUAUUUCAUUGCCUCUCUCUCUCUAUUUCAUUGCCUCUCUCUCUAUUUCAUUGCCUCUCUCUCUCCAUUUCAUUGCCUCUCUCUCUCUCCAUUUCAUUGCCUCUCUCUCUAUUUCAUUGCCUCUCUUUCUCCAUUUUAUUGCCUCUCUCUCUCUCUCCAUUUCAUUGCCUCUCUCUCCAUUUCAUUGCCUCUCUCUCUAUUUCAUUGCCUCUCUCUCUCCAUUUCAUUGCCUCUCUCUCUCUCCAUUUCAUUGCCUCUCUCUCCAUUUCAUUGCCUCUCUCUCCAUUUCAUUGCCUCUCUCUCUAUUUCAUUGCCUCUCUCUCUCUCCAUUUCAUUGCCUCUCUCUCCAUUUCAUUGCCUCUCUCUCCAUUUCAUUGCCUCUCUCUCUAUUUCAUUGCCUCUCUCUCUCCAUUUCAUUGCCUCUCUCUCUAUUUCAUUGCCUCUCUCUCUCCAUUUCAUUGCCUCUCUCUUUCUCCAUUUUAUUGCCUCUCUCUCCUCUCUCAGGUGUUUUGUGUACCUGAAGGAGUAUGUGAACGCUACAGACCUAACCAAGCACAACACUAGAGACGAUCCUGACUAUGUAACGUCUAGUUCUAGCAGCCAUUCCAACAGCAGCCCCUCCUCUUCCACCAGGUAACAAUACUUUGUCCACUCCUCCAUUGAAAAUACAACUCCUAGGCCCUUGUUGUUCAAAUCUGAAGGAACCCAGAUAGGUGUGAUCAACACGGCAGAAGGAACCCAGAUAGGUGUGAUCAACACGGCAGAAGGAACCCAGAUAGGUGUGAUCAACACGGCAGAAGGAACCCAGAUAGGUGUGAUCAACACGGCAGAAGGGACCCAGAUAGGUGUGAUCAACACGGCAGAAGGAACCCAGAUAGGUGUGAUCAACACGGCAGAAGGAACCCAGAUAGGUGUGAUCAACACGGCAGAAGGGACCCAGAUAGGUGUGAUCAACACGGCAGAAGGAACCCAGAUAGGUGUGAUCAACACGGCAGAAGGGACCCAGAUAGGUGUGAUCAACACGGCAGAAGGAACCCAGAUAGGUGUGAUCAACACGGCAGAAGGAACCCAGAUAGGUGUGAUCAACACGGCAGAAGGAACCCAGAUAGGUGUGAUCAACACGGCAGAAGGAACCCAGAUAGGUGUGAUCAACACGGCAGAAGGAACCCAGAUAGGUGUGAUCAACACGGCAGAAGGAACCCAGAUAGGUGUGAUCAACACGGCAGAAGGGACCCAGAUAGGUGUGAUCAACACGGCAGAAGGAACCCAGAUAGGUGUGAUCAACACGGCAGAAGGAACCCAGAUAGGUGUGAUCAACACGGCAGAAGGAACCCAGAUAGGUGUGAUCAACACGGCAGAAGGAAGCUACAACGCUAGCUGGGUGGAGUGGGAUCAUCAACAUAUUCAAAUCAAACUUUAUUGCUUACACCUAUCCGGUUCCUUCAGAUCGGCAAACACCAAAUAGAAGUGGUAUGGACACCAAGGUUAUUAUAGUAAACUAAAACUAAAGGUGGAAAAACUAUUUAGUAAACUGAAAUAACUAUUUCAACGAAAAAUAUUUGAAAAACUAAAACUAUACUGUGACUAUCUUUGACUGCAAAAAAAAAAAAAAAAAAAAAAAACAUCAAAUUAUGUUUAGUUUUAGUUGUUUUCUUCUUAACCUUGUGCAAAAAUCAAAUGGGGUUUUUAAGCUUUUUUUCCAAAUGGGUUUUUCGAGCUUCUGAAUCUGGCGGGUAAAAGCUUACAGUAGAUGUCAAUGUUUCAAAUAGGCCUAGCUUGUGCAUCACUAUCACUAGCUAACAGGGAAGAAAUCAGAGGGCGAGCACGGAGCGUGACUGGGCCAAGCUAGAACUGUGUGUGAAGUUGCUGGAGCCGUCCACACGACCAACUUCAAACUGACAGCCAGUCACUGUCUGAUGUGGUGCUGUGCCUUCUCAACCUUGAGGCACACUUGCAGUUGCUACUAUUGCAAAACAGUUGGCACAGGUCCUCCUGAAGUCACUGCGUGAGCACUUCACAUGCAUACUGAAUCCUCUGGCAGCCAACUUCGAUCCAACCCCUGCAGCAGUUUGCCUGAUGGACCCAACAGUGUCUCUGGCACUUCGCUCAACAGAGAUGGAGCCACUGAUGAGGGAAGCAGAGUCUUUUGUACUUCAGCAAAUCAGAGAGUACAGCCGUGGAGCAGCAGGACCCCAGUAAGAUGCCAGCAAGAUGAAUCCAGCAAGCAUCUCGACCACAGUGCAUCAGAAAAAUAGCUUCCUUGCAUCGAAGACUGUGUCUGAGGUCACUGUCCAGCCGGAGGGUCAACCUGGCAGGGCAUUAAGUGCCCUGUGUGAGCUGCGGAAAUACCUGGAAGAGUUAAAGGGGGGCCAUGUUUACAGAGUCUCCAGUUCUGGCAGGCAAGGAUGGCUGUUUAUCCAUGUAUAAUAUUACAUAAAUAUGUCAAAUGUGCCAUGACUUCCUUUGUUGAUUUUUCCUCUCUCUUUCUGUCAGAUAACGGUAAAGGUACUUGAUUUUUCUUACAUCUACUACUAAAGUUAAAAAAGCAUUGGAUUGGUGUAAACAUCGGCAAGAGCGUUUCCUUCCACCAUAUUUCUUGCACCAGUCUAGGCGUUUGUCCUUUCAAUCCAAGUCACAUUAGGAUUGUUUUAAUAUUUAAACCUAACCAAUCCUACAGUAUGUCCUGGCCAAGGUGUUGUAUGGAGGCCUGUAGUGGCCAAAAACCUGUGUUAGCAUGGGCAGCGCCAUUGAGGAUUUUCUCCAUUUUGAUUUAGUCAACUGGGCGGGACUUCCAACUUCAUUGGCUGAUCCCUCCUGAUGACCCUGUUGGCAUGACCUGAUGACCCGGUCGGAGUCGUGACAGCCAGGUCAACAGGCGUGAUCAGCCAAUUAAUUUUUACUUGUGAACAAGAAAAUGUACUAUUUCAAGAUGGAGACGGCCUCAAUGGUGCUACCCAUGUUCUCACAGACGCCAUCAUGACACAGAUACGGAGAUGUUACGUCUAUCCAAGUCUAUGGUCCUGGCCCAUCACCUAAUGUAUUAUUGCCCCCCAGUGGCAGGAAGUGACACAUAAGCUUUCUGUCCCUAAAACACUAAAACCACGGCCGGCCCGCUCAUUAGGCAGGAUUAGGCGGCAGAUUGAUGAGGGCGGCAUUUUCUGAGCUAAACUGACCGACAAACACAUAAAACCAAACAUAAUUCUGCCCAAUGACAAUUUCUCUCAACCAGUGGCAUAUGGCCUUUUUAGGUGAGCGCUGAUGCCGCCCUGUGAUAAAAAGUGCCCACUUUGUCAAAGGGGCGUUUCUCCAGGGUGCAGUUGGAGAGACGCUUCGCUGCCAUGCACCACCAACGUUCCGUCAAAAAAAAACAUCUAACAUAAAUCAUGUAGCAGAUAUAGGAUAUGGUAGAAAGAGGAAGAUGUGGCCUACAGGCUGGAGAUAAAAUGUAUGACAAUGUAAUGACACAGACACUUUUUACAUCAUGCCGGUUUCUCCGAUCUAAAUGAAUAGCCUAACCUAAACGGCGCCCAAUCAAAUAAAGAAAUGCGCUGUCAUGUUAACAAACAACAUAUCUUAAAAACAGGAUGGGUCAAAGUAAAAUGGACAAUAUGGAAUGGACAAUCACAACUGUUGUCCAGGAGUUUCACCCCAUUGUCAUGAUCAGUGGUUUCUAGUUUGUAUCCGUACAUUUUUGACAAGCUGAUCAUAGCGAAAAAGAAAAUACUUCUGCAUUUCCUGCUGUGUAAAUACAUUGCAAAUAGGCCCAGGAUAACUCCUGAUAAAGUUGGGUAGCUGAUAUUCAGAGCUUAAAUAGCCAAAUUGAUUAUUUACAGGAAUCAGGACUAGUAAAGCCAAUGCAACACCUGUUUUACAAACAGUAGGCCUCACAUGGAAGGACAUUCAUAAAAUUCAAUUUCAGGCAACACUGUAGGCUACACCUCAGUAAGCACGGGCCGACACUGAUGCCUUUUGGAAAUCUUUUUUUGGUGCAGUCUGGACCGGCCUUGAUUUCCACAUCCACGGACAUUGGUUUUUGGUCCGGUCCAGACAAAAUCUGAACCAAUAUAGACGUCUAUGUUUGGUUCAGAUUUUGUCCGGUCUGGACCAGCCUUUAUUUGGCCCAAACAUAGACGUCUAUAAAUUACGUAUUUUCAACUUUUAUUCAGAACCAAAAAUUAUAAACUUGGAUUAGCAAACACAACAUGCCAUUGGAACACAGGACUGAUGGUUGCUGAUAAUGGGCCUCUAUACGCCUAUGUAGAUAUUCCAUUAAAAAAUCAGCCGUUUCCAGCUACAAUAGCCAUUUAAAACAUUAACAAUGUCUACACUGUAUUUCUGAUCAAUUUGAUGUUAUUUUAAAAAUGGAUAAAAAAAUUGCUUUUCUUUAGAAAACGAAGACAUUUCUAAGUGACCCCAAACUUUUGAACGGUAGUGUAUAUAUGUAUUUUAAACGUACGGAAAAUGUAUUUUCACCUUUUAUUCAGAUCCUAACUUCAACGUCUGGAAAAUACCUAUUUUACACGUCUUUUCAACGUCAUUUUGCUUACUGGGAGUAUUCUAGUUUUUUGGGGGCUGCAUUUUUUGGUCUUGCCUAGCCAGGCAGAACGACAAGGACCGGCCCUGACUAAAACUAAAACUAAAUAAUAUAGAAACAUUUUUAUCAAACAAACUAAAUAAAGAUGAGUAAAUCAAGUCUGAAGACUAACUGAAACUAAACUGAAUUUCCCCAAAAAUAUAAAUACUAAUAGAAAUUAAAACUAAUAUUAAAUCACAAAACUAUAAUAACCUUGGACACACAUGCCAUUUUGUAAUGCCUUGGCUGGAAACGUGUAGAUACAGGCUUUGACCGAAUAGAGCUGUGUCCCAUGCUGAACACCCCCCCUCCCCCCUCCCCUAGGACUACCAUGACGUCUGCCUGUACGUACUGUGGAGAGCAGGUGGGCAACGAUGCCAAGAUCACCAUCGAGCACCUCAACAUCUCCUGUCACUCGGCCUGCUUCAAGGUAACUAAACCUGGUUAUCAACAGGUUAUAUGUUAUACUCUGGUUACAAUCAUGUUAUAGGUUAUACACUUUGACCCUGUAUCAGCUAUGGUGGCUGCGGUAGUGGUAAAAGUGUUUGUUUCAGUGGUAUAGCAGCAGUGUUGCUCGCAGGUAAAAUUAUUGCAGACUAGAACUAAGCUGAAGCCUUCAUAUAGUCUUGGCUGUGUUACAUUAACAAUAUGCUAUGUUGUUGUUGUUGCAGUGUGGUGUUUGCAGUAAGCCAAUGGGAGACUUUCUGUUCAACAUGUUCCUGCACAAAGGGACUGUCCACUGUGAGAGCUGCUAUGGCAACGUCUUCUAG